CUCGGCUGCAACACACAGAGCGCAUAUAAAAGGUUUUAUAGUAAUAUUUAAAUAAAAAGACAGAGCAAAGGAAACAACACAAUAGAGGGAUGCGUGGACACAUCGGAGGUGGAUUUAGAUCUGCGCCUGGACCGGCCAGGAUGAAUAUGGCAAUGCGUCCACCCGCCAUGGGCAUGGGUGGUCCCGGAGCAGUGAGAACUGCUAUGGGUGGUCCCGGACCAGCGAGGAUUGGUACAGGAGGCCCAGGUCCAGCCAGGAUUGGUAUGGGUGGACCCGGUCCGGGUGGUCCGGGACCCGGACCAGCACGUCCACCGCCCGCAGCUGGACCUACACAAGUGAAUGUGAACGUGAAUGCACCACGACGCCCUGUGGUAAAUGAGGUGGUUGUGGUAGGUGGUGCGGCACCGUUACUUCCAGCUGCCGGCAUGAUGUUGGGCGCAUCAAUGGUUGCUGGCGCAGCGAUGGGUGCAGUGGCCGCGUCAGCUAUGAGUGGACCCGUUAUUGUAAAUGCACCACCGCCACCACCAUCGACGGUCAUAGUUAACACGCCGGGUGUGCAACAGCCACAGGCUUCCUCGACUGUGGUAGUGAAUUCAGCGUCAACAGCGGUACCCACUUCUAAUGUGAUGGUUAAUUCAGGCAUGGGUGCGGCAACACCCUCAACGACAGUGGUGACGGAGGGUGGUGGUCAAAGAAUUCAGCAACAACAGCCAACGACCGUCGUAACAGAGACCGUGGUAAUACCACCGAGGCGUAAUAAUUGCUGUUGUGUGGUCUUAUGAUGUUGAAUAUGAAGGAAAAGUAGUACUAAGUUAUUUGGUGUGAGGAGAACUGUCUUAGUUAUAAUAUAUUAUAUAUGUAUG